GUUGGACUUUAAAUAUUCCGCGUCAAUUCUUGGAGGCAACCAUUUUGAAACAGGCGGAGGAAGUGGUCUUUGAGCUGAUCUCAUGCUCUUCCUGCGUUAUUCUGUAGCUUACUCGGUACAGGGAGGAGGGAUAUGUUAGCGAUUGAAGAAAAUGGCGACCGUGCAGGACAAAUGUCUCCCCUCCUAGAUUCAACUAAUGCGUUGAAUUUCCUCAGCCUUACAACCUGUUUUCAUUUAUUCUCUGAUGCACUUUAAUUUUCAAGAGAUAAUUGGAUGCUUUUGCCACCAAAGACACUGAAGAGAAACAUUACAGGGAAAUCACACAGUUACAAGGACAGGAAGAAUAGUCAAUGGAAGAGCAUCAACAGUGGAGCGACGAGCAGUGAGCAGACACUGAUGUGAAGGUAAGAGUGCCAGAACAUAUCAAGUCCGGUUGAAAAGCCAGCCUCAAAAGUCUGCCAACACCCUUUCCCCUUCCUCGCCUCCCCGUCCCAUUCCUCCGAAGCGGUGGCGGUGGCGGCAGUACCCCUGCACCCAGCGCCAUCAGCAAUGCCAACAGGGCCUGAGUGCUCAGCCUCAGCCUGCCCCGCGCCCAGCCUAGCUACUCGCUCCUCCUUCGGCAAUCUCGGCCAGGCCUCGGUCAGCAGCCGUAGCUGCAGCAGCAAUAGCUUCCACCACUGCUGUUGAAGCAGCAAUCAAAAGGGGGGGAAAGGGGUGCAGCCUCGUCGCGAUCCACACCACACCACCCCGCUGCCACCCUGGGAACUCAAGUGCAGCUCACCUCCAUCCAUCUAGGGGUCGCGAUCACUAGCAAGGGGGCUCCACUGAAUCACCAAGCUGCCAACAGCCACCUCUCAGGCAUGGCUCCCAUUCGGGACUCGGUCAGCCACUCCCCUAACCAAACAGGUUUGGAUCACACUGGCUUGGAUUCCCAGUAUGAAAAUUCUCCUUGGAGUUCUGGCAGCGACUCGAACAGCAACUGGGGAAAAGUCAUUGUAGAGGGUUGUGACAAGGGACAGUGGCCCUCCAUCACUGGCAGUGACCCAGAGUUAGCCUCAGAAUGUAUGGACGCUGACUCUGCCUCCAGCUCUGGGUCGGAGAAAAACCUUAGUAUAAUGGCUUCUGGAAACACUGGCAGUGACAGCAACGGCAAUAGACAAGGCAGCAACGGUCAGAGCUCCCCAUUUAUGGUUGCAAAUGGCAGCAAUAACGUUGGCAAUGGGAGUGUCAAGGGGCCUUGGGGCGUUUCCAAUGGCCCGAUGCUAAGCACAUGCCAAGGCUCAGGAGAGAACCCUGGUGGCAAGCUGGCUGAAAACAGCCAUGGUAAAUUAAAUGCAUGGGGUACCCAAGGUCCCUCAACCAAUGGAGGUAUAAAUCCAAGCACUUUGAACCCAAAUGCCAACCAUGGUGCCUGGCCUGUUCUGCAGAACACUGGGCCUAACCCCCUCGGGAAUGGUGGCACCAACACACAACGAAGCACCGUAGGUCAUAUGCCCAGCCUUCAGAGUAGUAUUAACUCUCCGAUGUCCUGGGGGACCCUGCAGGACAGCAUGGCCGAGUCCGACGUCAACGGUACAAGCAAGCUUCCAAGUGGGCAGCCUCAAAACCUUAACACUGAAAUGAAUGGACCAAAUAACACUACUAACACGUUGACCUCUAGUUUACCAAACUCUACAGGUUCAGUGCAGAUGAGUGAGCAGUCCGCGGGGCACCGAGCCUGGCCUGUGAGCUCAGGGGGCUCCCCGCAGCUCCCCAUGCCCUCUCCCGUCUCCAACGGCACUUCCAUUUCUCAGCAGCAGCAGCAUGGCAACGGCGGCGAAGGAACGAACGGCGGGUCGUACGGUACGUCGUGGGGAGCUCCGCCCGGCACUACUUAUUCCGGAGACAAAUGCCCCGCGCCCAAAGGCCCAGCCGCGGGUGACACUGUGAAUGCAACUCUAAUGCAGCCGGGGGCCAACGGCUCGGUCUCUGCCAACACCAAUGCUCCCUUCAAGAAUAAUAUCGGCAGCAACGGGCUAGCCAGUCGCGGUGGGGGCUGGGAUUCGGCCCCCGCCUCCGGCCCGCAAGACCUCUCCGCCUGGGGGACGGGUAAUAACGGCAUGGGCCCCGCCAGCAUCCCCAGGCCCUGGGGCAGUGUGUCUUCGUCCUCCUCUUCUUCCUCCUCCUCCUCUUCUUCAAACACUGGCACUAAGGUCCCCAACGGGGAGUGGAACCCACUGCCCGGCAACAAUCAGCAUUCCAAUGACGGCACAAACGGGGGCAGGAAGGGAACAAACGGCUGGAAGUCCCUGGAGGAUGACGCUCUGGGGUUGGGAGUUGGCGGCAGCGGCGGCGGAAGCAGUGGUCAGGCCUCUCAGAGCAGCACAUGGAACAAGUCCACGGGCAGUGAGGGCAGCGGCGAGAGCUCCUGCGGCCGUGGUGAGCGGAGCGGCAGCAGUGGUAACCGCAGGAGGGUCAACCCGCCGGGCCCCAUCACCACGCCGCUGACCCGGGCGGACGUGGACCCCCGCGUCCUGUCCAACACUGGCUGGGGUCAGACGCCAGUCCGGCAGAACACUGCCUGGGACGUCUCCAGCACAGAGAAGAAGCCGGUCCCGGACAUGUCCGGCUGGGGCACCGCUGCCCCGCAGCAGACGUCCAGCUCCGGUGGAGGAUGGGGAGACGGGCCCGGCAACAACAACCACAAUAACAACGAUGGAUCCACCAUGUCAGGGUGGGGCGAUCCAAAGCCAUCCUCUGGAUGGGGUGACUCCAAAGGCCAGAGCGGGCAGUCUGGAGGCUGGGAGGACAGUUCGAACAAAUGGGGUGGCAGCAAGGACAAGCCCUCUUCUUCAUCCACCUGGAACAACGCCCCCAAGACCAAGCAGGGCUGGGGCACCACCUCCAGCGGAGAAAGCUGGAGCGCCGGUGGCGGCGAUGACGGCGGGUCGCGCGGAAACCACUGGGGUGAGCCCCAGAAGACCAGCACGGGAACCUGGGAACGGGACAGUGACGGCGACCGUUCCGGCUCAGGCUGGAACGACAGGGGUCGCAGCAGCACCAGCAGCAACACCUGGGGCGGCAACGGUGCCGGCAACACCCCUGACCAGAAUGGCCCGGCUAGCAGUGGCUGGGGAGAACCCCAGAAACCCAGCACUCAGAACCAAGGCUGGGGAGCCGAGCCCCCCAAACCCAGCCACGCCUGCAGCGCCCCUGAAUGGGGCAAGCCGCCGCAGGAUGCCAACAGUGGAUCCUUCCGUGGAGCCCCCAAUUCCCAGACGGGCGGCCCUGGCUCCAACAAAGCCACUGGUUGGCUGGGAGGCCCCAUCCCCACUCUCCAGAAGGACGAACACUCCACUGGUUGGGAAGAGCCUUCCCCUGAGUCCAUCAGGCGCCGUAGGGAGAUCGACGACGGCACAACAGCAUGGGGAGACCCCCACAAAUACAACUAUGGCAGUAUGAACAUGUGGAAUAAGAACAUGGCUGCAGAUCAGGCCAUGGAGGGACCCCCGCCCCCGCCCCAGCAGCAGCAGCAGCAGCCCCCACCGCAGCCCCAACCUCAGCCACCUCAGGUCCCAACCAACAUGGCUCCCAAGGAGAAGACUUGCAGCUCAGGUUGGGGAGAGACGUACAGUGCGCCACAGAAGAUGGAGUCCUCCACGUGGGGCGAGCCGUCUGGACCGCCGGUCUCUGUGGACAACGGCACCUCAGCCUGGGGCAAACCCAUGGACACGGGGUCCGGUUGGGAGGAUCCAAGCAGAGAUGGUUCUGGAAACAUGGGCUGGGGCAACUCCUCCAUGGGCCAGCAGCCUCCGCACAAGACUGUAUCCAAACCUAUGCAAGAGAACUGGUGUGGAGAAGAGAUCCCCAUGCAGGGUACGGGGAUGCAUUCAAACUGGGGGGAGGAGGAGGAGGAGGUGGAGAUCGGUAUGUGGAAUAACAACACCUCACAGGAGGUCAACCAAUCUGGAAACUGGUCCUACAUGAAGAAGAUGCCUCCAAAGAUGCAUAAAGGUGUUGGUAAGCAAGAAGAUCCAUGGAUGGGUCCGUUUGUGAACAAAUUCAACAAUUCAAUGAAUUUCUCAAGAGAAUCUGAAGAAUCUCACAAGAGCAAUAAGAUGGACAUGUCUGGUGGAAUGAUGACGGACAAGAGAAUGGACGUUGACAAGCAUGUUAUGAACAUGGGCGACUACGGCAAGAAUGCUGCCUCUCGCCACCAGAUCCACAAAGACUCCAUGGACCGCAGUAGCUACUUUGAUAAGAACGCGCUUUCUGUGGCCUCUUAUGACGCCAAUGGGUCAGAAGAGCCCCCACAUGAUCCCAAUCAGAACCCCAAUUAUUCCUCACCAAACAGCCAGACUAACUCUGGUCCUGGUCGACAGAAUGUAAACCCCAUGUUUGGUGGUAGCAAUGCAGCAGCACAAGGCCGGAGCUCCCAGCAGCCUUCAGCACAGCCUCUGAACUCUGCGCAGCCCAAUCUCCGUACUCAAGUGCCUCCAAAUCUACUGCCCUCUCAGGUCCCUCCGUCUUUGAAGUACCCCCCUAAUAAUGGAAGUCUGAACCCCCUGUUCAACCCUCAGCAGGUUGCCAUGCUCAACCAGUUGUCCCAACUGAACCAGCUGUCUCAACUCUCUCAGAUCAACCAGUUGCAGCGCCUCCUUCUCCAACAGCAACAGCAGAAGAUGAAUCCCAGGGCCAUGCCAGUUGGUGGGCGUCAGCAGGAGCCACAGGGUCGCCCCCUGGGCCCCUCACCGCAGAUGAUCCAGCCGCCGCGCCACCUUGACCCCUCCCUGCUGAAGCAGCAGACCUCUCCGCAGCCUCUCUCCCUGCACCAGCCGGGCUUCAAGUCCUACCUGGACAGCCUAAUAUCCCAACAAAACGCAUCAGACAUGCAGAAAGAGCAGGCCAGCGCCAUGAGCUCGUUCACUAAUUUCCCUUUAGGUGGGUGUCCUCCCCAUCCCCAUUCCCGUCCCACGCUAAGCCAGGCUGAGUCUCUGUUGCACCAACACGCUGGCAAGCCCAACAACAUGAUGUUUGCCUCCGAGAUGGCAGGCUGUACCCCCGCUGGCAGUAGUCAGACCCAUAGCCUCCUUAGCCCAGCCCUGAGCAACGGUCACAUGGGGCCGGGCUCACCCCUCCCAUCCCGGUCCGGGAGGACCUUUGCCUGUCCUGAGAACAACACAAUGUCAAGAGGUUUGACCUCGAAUGUAAGCAAUCUAGACAUCGGCAGUGUUGGUUACAAAGAGCCCCAGUCCCGUCUGAAGAAAUGGACUGCCAUGGACAUUUCCAACUCGCCACUUGAUCAAAAUCCCAGCAAACCUGGUGCUACGUCCUCUGGUUUGAGGCUUGAGGACUCCCCCUUUGGUCCGUAUGACUUCAUGAACGCCAGCAGCUCCCCCCUGAGUCCUCCUGGGUCGGUGGGGGAUGGCUGGCCCAGCCGUGCCAAAUCACCUCAUGGUUCCAGCAACGUCAACUGGCCACCAGAAUUCCGACCUGGUGAGCCCUGGAAAGGAUAUCCAAACAUUGACCCUGAAACUGACCCCUUCGUCACUCCUGGCAGUGUGAUCAAUAAUCUCUCCAUUAAUACAGUGCGGGAUGUUGAUCACCUCAGGGACAGGAACAAUGGGCCAUCCUCAUCACUUAACACCACGCUGCCUUCAAAUAGUGCCUGGUCAUCCAUUCGUGCCUCCAACCACAGUGGUUCCCUCAGCAGUACAGCACAAAGCACUUCAGCCAGAAACAGUGACUCCAAAUGGUCCCCUGGUACGGUCACCAACACCUCUUUGGCUCAUGAACUGUGGAAAGUUCCUCUCCCCCCUAAAGGCCUGUCCGCUCCGUCCCGCCCUCCUCCCGGCCUCACCGGCCAGAAGCCGCCGCCCUCGUCCUGGGAGAACAGCUCCCUCCGGCUGGCGGGCUGGUCUGGUUCUGAAUCCAGAUUCACUCCUGGCUCCAGCUGGGGUGAUGGCAGCUCAGGGAGAACUAAUUGGCUCGUUCUCAAAAAUCUUACACCUCAGAUCGACGGAUCCACCCUGCGCACUCUGUGCAUGCAGCAUGGCCCACUGAUUACAUUCCACCUGAACCUGCCCCACGGUAAUGCUGUGGUCUGUUACAGCUCCAAGGAGGAGGCAGCCAAAGCUCAAAAGUCUCUGCACAUGUGCGUUUUAGGGAACACUACUAUUCUUGCUGAGUUUGCUAGCGAAGAGGAAAUCAACCGUUUCUUUGCACAAGGUCAGUCCAUGACUGCCUCUCCUGGCUGGCAAACGACGCUGGGCUCAUCCCAGAACCGCUUGGGCCCCAGCUCCAUGGAGGGCUCGGCCCACCCCUUCCCACCCACCCGCACUGAUCCGAAUCACUGGAACGGCAGUGGCCUGGCAGGGUCCGCCGGGGGAGACCUCCACGCCUCCUCACUGUGGGGGGGGCCCAACUAUUCCACUAGCCUGUGGGGAAGCCCCAGCGGCGGCGACGUGGCGCGAAUCAGCAGCCCCUCACCCAUCAGCUCCUUCCUACCUGUUGAUCACCUCACAGGAAGUGGGGAGGCCAUGUAGUAGUAUGUUUCACCUUCUGACUUCGAAAUGAUAAAAACAAACAAAAAUAAAAUACAAAAAAAAAUAGUCAAAAAAGCAUACAAACAACCUAAAUGAAUAAAUAACUGUGACCUCAGAGUUAGGAGUAGUUUUAAAGAUAAAGAAAAUCAUUAUCCUAUGAUCGAGACAGACGGGGAAAAAAAAGAGAAAAAAUCAAACGGCACUCUCUUCACUUACAAAAAAAAAAUAUGGCGGGGUCGCCCUGUGGAAAUAAGUUACGUUUUUUUCUUCUCUGCACAUAUGUCCACUUUGUUUUAGCCCAAAACAUAUCAGUUUGAAUACUUGAAUCAUGCAGGCCAAUACUAUAAUGUGAAAGGAUGUAUUUACACUUCCAGGUAGUGCUCUUCAUACAGAAAAAAGCUUCAAUUGAGCUCGUGUUUUAUUCAUCAUGUUUAUUUGAAUUCCAAUUCUUUUUAUUUUCAUUUUUAUUAUUUGCAUUUGUUUGCUGACAAUGUUGGAGUAUGAGCUUUUUUUUUUUUUUUUAAACUUUGCACUGAAUGUGGUUUUUCUCCGUAUAAUCUGCAAUAUCGAGGGGGCCGGCAGUUCCAGUGUAGUUGUUUACUCAAGGAUGUUUUUAAAGUGUGCGCUCUACUAUGCCUUGAUGUACGCCUACCUUAUUGUGGUAUUGUGGAGUUCAAGAUCAAGAUAUAAAUGCUGACUUAGGAUUAUUUGAUGAUAUUACAGAAUUAAGUAUUGCACCAAUUUUGUGUUUUAAAACUAAAGAAUCUAGCUCUGCAGUGUGUAAAAACUGUAGCCACAGCUGUGACUUGCAAACCCGACCUGCAAGCCAGGGGGAACAGCACUUUCAAAUAGGCUUUCAAUUUUGUUUUGGAGGUGCCACAUCGCGCCCUCUUGUUUACAGACUUUUGAGGGGGAAAGUAUGCUCAUUCUUCCUUCAUUGUAAAAUAAUAAGACAAAAAACAAA